CUUUAGUAUAUAAAACCAAAAGCAACGAUUUCCGGCGCUCCAUUUUGUUAUAAAUUAGUGUGUGAGCGUGUGGUGUUGUGGAUAACUUCACAACCCACUUAAAAUUGUGAAAUAAUUAACUUAAAAAUACAAAAAAAUAUAAAAAAACUCUUAAAAAACACCAAAAAAAAUCGCAAAAACAGUGGAAAAAAAAGUAAAAUAACAAACGAUAAAAAUAUUUUUUUUUUUCGUUUCAUAUGUUUGUCGAGUGUCUGUAUUUCUAGUGUAGCGGCUAAAAAAUGAAUCCAGGCGCCCCAAAUUACCCUAUGGCGUCUUUGUACGUCGGGGAUUUGCAUUCCGAUAUAACCGAGGCCAUGCUUUUUGAAAAAUUUUCAACUGCUGGCCCCGUUCUUUCGAUCCGUGUUUGCAGGGAUCUGAUCACACGAAGAUCUUUGGGUUAUGCUUACGUGAAUUUCCAACAGCCCGCCGAUGCUGAGCGUGCUUUGGAUACCAUGAACUUUGAUUUAAUCAAAGGUAGACCAAUUCGUAUUAUGUGGUCCCAACGUGACCCAUCUUUGAGAAAAUCUGGAGUAGGUAAUGUGUUCAUCAAGAACUUGGAUAGAUCAAUUGAUAACAAAGCUAUGUACGAUACUUUCUCUGCUUUUGGUAAUAUUCUUAGUUGUAAAGUAGCUCAGGAUGAAAAUGGUACCAGCAAAGGUUAUGGUUUUGUUCAUUUUGAAACUGAAGAAGCUGCUAAUAAAUCUAUUGAAAAAGUAAAUGGUAUGUUGUUGAACGGCAAAAAAGUAUACGUUGGCCGUUUCAUUCCACGUAAAGAAAGAGAGAAGGAACUUGGAGAAAAAGCCAAACUUUUCACAAAUGUUUAUGUCAAGAAUUUCGGCGAAGACCUAUCCGAAGAACAGCUACGUGCCAUGUUUGAGAAAUACGGUAAAAUAACCAGCUACAAAAUAAUGAGCAAAGACGACGGCAAAUCUAAAGGAUUCGGAUUCGUAGCUUUUGAAAAUCCUGAGGCAGCUGAGACUGCAGUAGAAGCUCUCAAUGGUAAGGAAUUAUUAGAAGGUAAACCUUUGUAUGUUGGAAGAGCACAGAAGAAAGCUGAGCGUCAACAAGAACUGAAACGCCGCUUCGAAGCAUUGAAGAUGGAACGGCUUAAUCGCUACCAGGGUGUCAAUCUUUAUGUUAAAAACUUAGAUGAUACUAUCGACGAUGAACGUCUCCGCAAAGAAUUCUCACCAUUCGGUACUAUCACCUCCGCAAAAGUAAUGAUGGAAGAAGGUAGAAGCAAAGGUUUUGGUUUCGUUUGUUUCUCUUCGCCAGAAGAAGCUACAAAGGCUGUAACUGAAAUGAACGGUAGAAUCGUCGGUACAAAACCUUUGUACGUUGCGUUAGCGCAACGCAAAGAAGACAGAAAAGCUCACUUAACCUCUCAAUACAUGCAGCGUGUAGCAAACAUGCGCAUGCACCAGAUGGGACAAUUCAUCCAGCCAGGAGCUUCAAGUGGCUAUUUCGUACCUACUAUUCAAGCUACAGCUCCUCGUUUCUACGGACCUGCACAGAUGCCAAUCCGUACCAGCCCAAGAUGGCCAGCACAGACGCCUGUCAGGCCAGGAGCUCAAGGAGGUACAGCUACCUACACUGGUAUGCAAAACACAUACAGAGCUGCAACCAGACCACCAAAUCAGUCCACCAUGCGUAGCAACAUCAGUGUACCCAGACCAAUCACAGGACAACAACCGCCAAGUAUGCACGGUCGUCCACUUGCUGGACAAGGUGUGGCAGCGGCUGGAAACCGUACGGCCAAUUUCAAAUACACUGCCAACAUGCGAAACCCCCCACAAGCUUUGUUGCCAGGUGCUCAAGCUCCAGUACAACAGGCAGUACACAUUCAGGGCCAAGAACCUCUUACUGCCACUAUGUUGGCCGCUGCUCCCCCACAGGAACAGAAACAGAUGCUGGGAGAGAGAUUGUUCCCUCUUAUUCAACGCAUGUACGCCGAUUUGGCAGGUAAAAUUACUGGUAUGUUGUUGGAAAUCGAUAACACGGAGUUGUUGCACAUGUUGGAACACCAGGAGUCGCUCAAGAACAAAGUUGAGGAAGCCGUUGCUGUAUUGCAAGCCCAUCAAGCCAAACAACAAGCUGCUACUCAAAUUAAAAAAGAAUAAAUUAUUUGCCUUCAUAAAAAAUAAAACAAAAAUAUAAAAAUUGCAAACAGUCGUACGACAAAAAAACUAAAAAUAAAAAUACUGCUACUUAACAAUCCGAUUUGCAGAUUCUUAAUUUGGGAACUGUAAAGAAAAAAAAACAUUCGUUUGUAUUUUUGCUUAUUUGCAAUUUUCCCUUCCUUAUUUUUUAUAAGUUUAUAAGAUCAAGAAAAUUGUAAGUCUGACAUGUAUGCUUUCCAAUUUAUUUUGAUGUAAGGAAAGCAUUAAAUCAAUUUUUUUUUCACAUUUAUUUUGAUUUUUUUCCGUUACUGAUAAUAAUGAAUGAGAAAAUUUUUAUUGUAUAAAAUUUAGAAUAUAUAAGGUAAAUUCA